CAUAAAAGAUAUGUUUUCUACGCAUCCAGAUCCACCCACAAGAUCAAGACGCCCUGAGAUUUCUUUGGCGGGACAACCCUGCGGAACCCGUCAAAACGUACGUAAUGACAUCCCUAAUAUUCGGUGCAAAAUGCUCGCCGUUUGUCGCGCAGUUUAUUAAAAAUAAAAAUGCUCUGCGCCACGAGCACACCGAGCCGGCUGCAGUCGACGCGAUCUGCAACUCUCACUACGCAGACGACUAUAUUCAGAGUUUGCCAGACGAGGAGACAGCAAUUAAAAUGGUAAAUACAAUAUCAAAUAUACACGCGGAAGGUGGGUUCGAGAUUCGCAAUUGGACGAGUAACAGUACAUCCGUGCUCGACAGCGUGCCAAAUGAAACUCUCGGUACCGCUGCUGUAAAGUUUAAAAUGGAUCAGCAGUUCGAGGGCGAGCGGACGCUCGGACUCAUCUGGUUCCCGGCCACGGACGAGUUGGGGUUCGACGUAUCUCUAAAACGUAUUCCUGAGCAGAUUGUUUUAGGCCAUCAAAGGCCUACUAAAAGGAUUAUGUUAAAAGUUGUUAUGUCUAUUUUUGAUGUAUUUGGAUUUUUAGCGCCUUUUACCAUACAGGGUAAAAUCAUGCUCCAGGAUACGUGGCGAUCGGCCACUGGCUGGGAUGAAGAAAUUCCCGAUGAUAUCUAUAGUAAGUGGGUAAAGUGGCUCGAUUUAUUAAAAUUAAUAGGUCGCAUUCGCAUACCGAGAUGGUAUCAAAAGGCAUCCAUAGGUGCGAGCGUGAUGGAGCGAGACUCACCCGCUGCGAACAAUACCAGUGCUACGACGAGCGCUACGCCGGCCGCUACGCCUGCCGCUACGCCGCACUCCGGGCCGGGAUUGACUACGAACGCAAUCGCUGCAAGUGUAAGCAAUAUAAAUAACUAUAAUAACUUACAACUGCAUUUAUUUUCGGAUUCAUCUUCAAAGGCUAUGUGCGCUGUAGCAUAUUGGAGAUGGGAAGAAGAUGGGCAGGUUUAUGUAGCCUUUGUUGCCAGUAAAUGCAAGGUCACACCUGUUAAGCCUCUGACCAUAAACAGAUGUGAACUUCAAGGUGCUUUACUGGCCGCGAGAUUGGCCGACAGUGUGCUGCGCGAACAUAAGGUAACUACAGCGCAACGGCACUUCUGGUGCGACUCGGCGUGUGUUUUGUAUUGGCUCCGGAAUGAUACUCGCAACUACAAUAUAUUCAUUGCAAACCGGUUGGGCGAAAUAGACGAGUUAUCGCGCGUUAGUGAAUGGCGUUUUAUACCUACAAAGUUAAACAUCGCUGAUGUAGCUACAAGAGAGGUUUACGAUGACUCCAUAUUUAAGAACGAGUGGCUUUAUGGUCCGGAGUUUCUUCACGCCGACGAAUCGCAAUGGCCGAGUGAUACAGUAAGCCCUGAAAUAAAUGAACUUACUUUAGAGUAUAUUAAUAUAGUUCAUAAUGUAAGUGAUGACUUACCUGUGCCGGACGCGACACGAUUUUCUUCAUGGCUGCGCUUGCAGAGGGCGACGGCAGCUGUUUUAAAAUUUAUUGAGAGGUGUAAACACCGCUCUGCAGACAUCGAUUGCGAGCUGAUGGCGCGGGCUGAGCAGCUGCUGCUGAAAAGAGCGCAGCAAGAGUCAUUCGGUGAAGACAUAGCCGCCAUAAGGAAUGGCAACAUUUUGGACCGCAGCAGUAAACUCCGUCAUUUAUCGCCGUUUUUAGAUGAAAAUGGGCUUCUCCGAUGCAGUGGCCGUAUAGAUGCCGCAGCAGAUGUUGCGCUAGAAACAAAGAGGCCUAUUAUACUGGACGGCAAGCAUGCGGUGUCUAGAUUGCUGGUCAGAAGUUAUCACGAGAAGGCUGCCCAUGGAAACCACGAGGGAGUAGUGAAUGACCUGAAACAAAAGUACUGGUUAUUUAAACUACGUCCGACGGUGAAAUCUGUAGUAGCUGGAUGCAUGUUUUGUCGUAUUCAAAAAGCAAAACCUGAAGUACCUAGAAUGGGAAACUUACCGGAGGCACGCCUUGCGCAUCACCAGCGCCCCUUCACGUACUGUGGCCUUGACCUGUUCGGGCCGAUGGAGGUGACAGUCGGGAGACGCCACGAAUUGAGAUACGGCGUACUUUUCACUUGUCUUACGCUGAGGGCGAUACAUCUGGAACUUGUUCAUUCACUUACCUCGGACUCGCUGAUCAUGGCUCUUCGGCGUAUGGCGGCGAGACGUGGCUGGCCUAAGUACCUAUUCUCUGACAAUGGGACAAACUUACGCGGCGCUGACACGGAGUUAAAAAGAUCACUGCAGGAACUGGAUCCAGAGGACCUGAAAAACAAAGGUGUUAAUUGCGGAGUACAGUGGACUUUUAUUCCCCCCGCCAGCCCACACUGGGGUGGGGCGUGGGAACGACUAAUUAGGAGUGUGAAGACGUCGUUAAAGGUAAUCCUGAAAGAACGCGCCCCUAGAGAUGAGGUACUUUCCACAUUGAUGACGGAGGUGGAGAACAUGGUGAAUGGGCGUCCACUAACCCAUGUGUCCGUUGAGCCUGGCAGCGAAGAGACGCUUACUCCUAAUCAUUUUCUGAUUAUGGGGCAAACGUCAAACUUACCUGUCGUAGGGAACUUCGAUGACUCCGAUCUCUAUUCUCGAAAGCAGUGGCGUAAGUCUCAGAGGCUCGCCGACAUGUACUGGACACGGUGGGUCAAGGAGAUUUUGCCAGACCUCAUACCGAGAACCAAAUGGACCCAAGAACAAAAGCCACUACAGGUAGGUGAUUUUGUUCUCAUUGUAGAUCCCGCUGCGCAGAGGAACGUGUGGGUGAAAGGCGUUAUCCAGCAAGUCUACCCCGGCCGAGACGGCCGCAUAAGGGUGGUAGAGGUAAAAACUAAGUCUGGAACCUUAAAACGAUCUGCUUCGCGCGUCGCUCGUGUACCAAUAGGCAUUGAGUGCUGAGUCAGCACUCAGGGUGGGGAAAUGUUAGCGACGCUCAUAUUGUGUUAUAUAUAUUUUGCAUUGCUAAAUGUUGUGUGAAUAAAUAAAUAGGUAGAUUAAGAAAUCUAAACUUAAGGGUAGUUUUAACGGUGGCCGCGAGCCGCUAAUCUGGUUUUUUUAUGUGCGCUGUAUGACAGUCAGUCGGUCCAUGCUAUCCGCGCGAGCGCCCGUACGCACAACUGUCAGUUUAAAGUUCUAUUUUUUUGUACGUAUUGUGUGUGUUUCGAAAUAUAAGCUGUUUAAAAGUU